CUCAAGUUCCUUCAAAAUGGUCAGAAUAAAGCCUGGGAUCUAGUCAAAGUUCACGAAAGUGUCGGCAUCGUGGUGUUCAACGUGACGCGGAGGAAAUUAUUGUUCGUGCGUCAGUUCCGUCCGGCAGUGUAUUUCAACGGAAUUCCGUCGGACGAACGCGAAACACUUGUCACACCCGGUUCGAAGAUCGAUACCAAGAAGCAUCCUACUGAUGCUGGGUACACGUUGGAAAUCUGCGCAGGAAUUGUGGAUAAAUCGUGUUCACUAGAAGAAAUUGCAGCUACUGAGGUUGAAGAAGAACUUGGGUACGAAGUGGAUCCAGCCUCCAUGUUUCAGAUCAUCACGAUGCUCAGCGGUGUUGGUGUGAUGGGUGAAAAGCAAACGCAUUUCUACGUGGAAGUUACUGACGAAAUGCGGAUCGGACCCGGUGGAGGCAACAAAUCCGAAGGAGAGUCCAUUGAA